CUUAAUUUAUCAUCUUCCUCUCCUAAGUUCUCUCGCUACCAAACGAUCUGUAUCCGUCAACGAUGGCAUUCCAUCAGAUCCCAAUCUCCACAAAAAUCUCCCUCUAUCUCCUUUCUCUUCUCUUCUUAUCAAAAGCCCAUCUCUCUUUUUCUCUCCCUAACUCAUCUGUUCUUCAAUCCGUUACAGUCACAGAUGUGCAUGACCUUCUGCCUUUGUACGGCCUGCCCCGUGGCCUACUUCCGGACAAUGUUAAAUCUUACACACUCUCUCCAUCUGGGUCUUUCUCAAUCCAACUAACAACCCCAUGUUAUGUUCACUUUGAUCAGCUUGUAUAUUAUGAUAAAGAAAUGAAAGGGAAGUUGAGUUAUGGCGCUGUGCAUGAUGUGUCUGGGAUUCAGGCAAAAAAGCUGUUCAUUUGGUUAUCAGUUAGUGGAAUUGAGGCUGAUUAUGACGAUGGUAUGAUUGAGUUCUUUGUUGGGUCUUUGUCUCAGAAGUUGCCUGCUAAGCAGUUUGAGGAUAUACCUGCUUGUAAGAGCAAGGCUAGUCUAAGGACUAACCUGGAAUCCAUGUGAGGUAAUAUUGCCCUUUUAGCUGUUUUGGCUUGUUAGAAUUUCUGGGUUUUUGUGCUUUGCUAUUUCUCUUUCAAGAUAUAAGUACAAUUAUCGAUUGUGGAGUUUACGUUGAUAGUAGACUGAAAUUUGGUUUGUUUGUAGAGGAUUUUUGUUUUCUAAGGUUUCAUAUUACUUAGAAGAUACAUUGGCCAUCAUUUAAAUAAAUAAAUAGUGAGAUUGCUUCCGUGUU